GCGCCCCCUCACGUGACCGGAAGCUCUAAGGUUGCAGGUUGUCCUUGUUGAAAAGAGUCAUGGCUCCUGCUGUGGUGAGGCUGCUGAAGUUUACCACUAAGGCACUGGUGGCCGGAGGGGCCGUUUAUGUGGUCUAUGACUAUGGCUUGCUGGGCAGUGGCACUCAAGGUCAGGAAGUUCUAAAGAAAACGAAAGCAGCCGUGCCACCGGCGCUUCACGAGUGGGCCGAUUAUUUUGGUGUACAGCUUCCAUCUGCACCAAAGCUGGACUUUUCAGUUUGUGAGUCCUGGAACUGGGGUGUACAGAAGACAGUGUCUACUCUCUCUGCAGCCCCUACUAAAGUUUGUGAUUAUACAGCAGAAGGCUGGAAGCAUGUAAAGGAUUUGGUGAAGUGAAUACAUUGUAUAUAAAUAAACUUUUUAUUUAUCACUU